AUGGCUGCUCUGGGCCAGCAAGCCAUUUAUGGACACAACUUCCGGGUGGCAACUAACAUCCUGAAAAAACAAACCCCAUUUCUCGAUGACUGUAACAACGAUGGGAGAAUAGACUGCGCCGACUACGCGGCCAUCCAUCGCCUGGGCGGCUACGGCUGCCAGGGACAGGUCGACCUCAAGUUCGGGCAGACCUUCCGCGCCUGCCAGGCCCAGGUCCAAUCCCUCGCCGCCCCCACCAUCGACGUCAGGGGAGGCAACGCUGCCGACAUCUUCAAGAAGUAACCCAUCAUCGAAGGAAUCUUGUAAUUUAUUGCCCCUCUCAACUUCUAAAAGAGACUUCUAUAAUAACCACAAGGAUAUUAUGAUUUAUAUCAAUCAUUCGAAUGUGAUAUUGUACGUAAUGUAACACAACAUAAAAUAACAAUGAUACUUUUAUAAAAUAAAAUAAAAAUUCAAUCAUGUAUUUUUCAAGUAAAUCAUUUUUUAAAUUUUUA